GAUUUGUUGUUUUUGCUUCAGCGAAGUAAAGCACAUGCAUAUCAGGAGCUUUCAUUUUGAAUUUUGCAUUUGUCAGAGGAGCACUUAAGUUUUUUGUGCUGGAUCUCUAAGUACUGCGCUAUCUAUAAUGGACUACAAGAAAAUAGACUCUCCACCGCCUUAUUCGGAUGACUUUGCUACCGCUCCUCCGGCAGAGAUGGACUUACGGCAGUACCAGGCCCCAGCACCCCAACAGCUUUAUCCACAGUUUCCACAGACAUCCCAGGUAACACAAAUGUCUGUACCGCCACCGGUGAACGUCGUUCAUCACCAGACCACUGUUUUGGUGGACACUCCUGGGCAUGGAAUGGUUUGUCCGCAUUGCAAUGCCCGGAUUCGAGUUCGAGUGGAACGCCAUCCAACUGGAAAAACUUACUGCCUGGCAGCGUUCCUCUGCCUAUUUCUUUGCUGGCCCUGCGUGUGCGCCCCUUGCUGCUGCAACUGCUGCUACAAGACUUCGCAAUUCUGUCCCAACUGCAACGUCUGUUUGGGAUCGUUUUGAUGACGCCAGCGAAAGAUGUCGCCAAAUUCCCAAAUGUACCCCAGUAUAUAACCACAUAUGUACAUAUGCAUAUACUUAGACUCCGAUGAAGUGGUGUCUUUAUCAUACUAACACUUACCAUAUAUGUUCAUAUAUCUACAAAAAAAAAAAAUGUACUUACAUAUAAUCUUCAACGGAAUUGGCUUUCCGUUUGCGAAACUGAAAGAGAAAAAUGAUAAACAAAUAAAGCUUUGCUGAGAGUAACAAUUUACGGGACUCCCAGAAAUUGAA